AUAUGCCAAAUAUGCCAACUUGUGUUGAAUGUGGAGCUCCUGUAACGAAUUUAUAUACCGAAUAUAGUAAAGGAAAUAUAAGACUCACACCUUGUGAGAAAUGCAAAAAAUUUGCGGAUAAAUAUGUUGAACAUGAUUUUGUUAUAAUUUUUAUAGAUAUGUUACUACAUAAACCUCAAGUAUAUCGACAUUUAUUAUUUAAUCGAUUAGAAUAUCGAGAUCAUGGCAUAGAUCCCAAUGUAUUUAAACUAGGCAUUCUUCUUAUACUUUUUGACGUUUAUAUAAAAUGGUUUAGAUUAGAAAAAUAUUAUACAGCUUCAAACAUCCCAUUUAUUGAGCAACCAGUUUUUCUACAAUACUUAUAUAUUUUAUUUUUGUGUGUUAUAGAAUUUGUUGUUUUUCAGUUUGGUGUAAGAUUGGCCGUAAGUUUUUAUAUCGGAGAUAAAUAUGCUAUUAUAAAAUAUAAUUAUAUUGCAAUAGCAUUAAUAAUAUCAAGUUUUGGAAAAAUUUUAUUGAUAUUAAUGGUGAUUUGGGAUUAUAAUGGAUUGGAAUAUUCUUGGCUUAUAAAUAUCGUAGUAUUAACUUCUAAUGUGGAAGCACUUGCAGUAUUUUUGAAUGUUGGAUAUUUCAAAACUUUGUUGAUAUUAAUUUUUGGAUUAGGAUUGAAAGUGUUGGCUCAAAUAUUUUUUAUUCAAAUUACAAAUAAUCCUUUGUUAUUAACUUUAUUAAGUAUUUAAUAAAGAAGGA